AUGCUAAGAUUUCUGUUAUUAUGUAGCAUAAAGGCCAUAAUUUCAGUGAUGUUUAAACUCCCCCUGUUCAUUUUUUCCCUCUUGUCUCAAAUUGUGACCAAUGGUAUAUAUAAAUUGACAAUCAGUGGAAGAGAUAUUUUGUACUCGCAAUUCUCUAGCGACCCAUCGUUGAAAACACACAAAGAUCCUGAUUCGAAGCUGCAGGCCCUACAUUGUAACUUCUACAGAUAUUUCCAUAUUGCAUCUUUGAUGGUUUUCCUCUUUUUGAGCUACAUGCCAAUUAUUCAUAUGGAAACUUCCCCUAAGGAUGAGCUAUUGAAUGCUCUACAGGAAGAUGUGAAAAAUCAACAAAAAUCAUCCAUAUUAAAGCAUCACCAUUUAAUUGGGAAUAACUUUAUAGAUGAUACUCAUACUGAAGUGAUUGAAUAUAAGUUUAGCCCACAUCUGAAAGCAAUCAAGCUUUCAAAUUCGAAAAGAAGAUAUGGUCCUGUAGUAAAUCAACAGCAUUAUCCUAUGAUAAAAACUGGUGCUACAGGCCUAUUGCUAUGGCAAAAACUUGGCGAAGAUAAUCAAAUAUAA